UCUUUUCUCUUUCCCACGAAACGUGAUGUGACUUCUUCGCCAACGCUUUUCUGAAUUCCCUUGACCGACUUGCAAGUGUGUCUCCUCCUCGCUGUCCUGUUAACCUUGUACUGUUCUGCGUGGCCUUUCGUCUAAAGUAGGCUGUUCAUGACGGUAAAUAUUAUUCUUAAAUCUCUUUUAUCAUAGUUUUCCCUAUACUUUCCGAAUCCGUUCUGUUUCUUCUCGUCUUUUUUUCACUUUUCAUUUUCUUCCAUCGAAUACUCUCUGCUAUUUUUUUCAUUCUUCUUCGAAGUCCUCCAUUCUCACCAGCUAUCCCCUUCUCCCAUCUCCCUCGUUCCCUGCCUCAUUUUCCCUUGCGAGGAAUGCUUUCCUAGUCUUGCCCCCCCCCUCCUCAUCCUUCCCUCACAAGGAGAUAAUGUACAAACCUCUCCUGUCACGUGAGGAUGAACAAGACGAAGGGUAUAAGAGGCAUCCUCCUGUGGCCUCGGAGGACAACACCGAGGACGAGGACGAGCUGUGGAGCCGCUCGAGUAUCCUUGAAUCUACGAAUCUCCUUGCCGGCGGGGAGAAAAUCUAUGACGAUGUGGAAGCGAAGCAAAAGAAACUGGCAUACCCUAAGUCGGUAUUCUUUAUCAUCGGGAAUGAGUUCUGCGAGAGAUUUUCCUACUAUGGCAUGAAAGCCAUCUUAACACUGUACCUGAAGUUCCAACUGAUGUUUAGUGAGGAUGAUUCUACUAUUAUCUACCAUGUGUGGGCUAUGCUGUGCUAUUUCACGCCGGUUAUUGGAGCCAUUAUUGCAGACACUUUCCUUGGACGUUUCAGAACGAUCUUCUACAUUUCCAUCAUUUAUGUUAUUGGCAAUGGAGUACUGUCUAUCUCAGCCAUCCCACCUAUAAUGCCAGAUCUUAAUACAAAAAUAGCUGUGUCACUAAUAGGGUUACUCUUGAUUGCCCUGGGAACUGGAGGUAUCAAGCCCUGUGUAUCAGCCUUUGGAGGAGAUCAGUUUGUUCUUCCUCAACAGGAGCGACAGCUUGCCCAGUUCUUUUCCAUUUUUUACUUCAGUAUCAACGCAGGUUCUCUUAUAUCUACUUUUGUAACACCAGUCUUGAGAGAUGACAUAAAGUGCUUCAAUGAUGACUGCUACUCUUUGGCCUUUGGAGUACCUGCUGUCUUAAUGCUUGUUGCCCUAAUUCUGUUCCUGCUCGGAUUUUCAAUGUACACAAUCAAGCCUCCAGAGGGAAACAUAGUAGUCCGAGUGUGGUCGUGUGUCGCGGUGAGUCAAAGGCUAAUCAUCAUAUUUGGUGAUGGAAAUGGAGGCAUUAUUUUAAUGGAGAAAAGAGAACAGCUUAAAAAAAAGGGAUUCAAUAGUGGUUAUAGGUUGAAAUUAAUGGCAAUACUAACUGCACCUGAUAAGUGCAGUGUAACUGUUGUUACAUUUAGUGAUAAGAGUUUCAAAAUCAUCUUCGCGAUUGGAUAUUUGACUGGCUCAUACAAAAUCAUCCCCCCCGAGGGUAGUAUGCUGACGAAUGUAUUUGGAUCUAUUUGGCAUGCACUGAGAAGCAAAUCAAAGAGCAAGGAAAAAAAGGAACACUGGCUAGAUUAUGCUUCAGAUAAGUACGAACCAAAGCUUAUCAACGAUGUCAAGGUUCUGCUCAAGAUCCUUGUGUUGUAUAUUCCUCUUCCAUUUUUCUGGGCUUUGUUUGAUCAGCAGGGAUCAAGAUGGACAUUCCAGGCUACUAGGAUGAGUGGAGAUAUUGGUGGAUGGACUAUUAAGCCUGAUCAGAUGCAGGUUAUAAAUCCCUUCUUCAUCUUAAUGCUGAUCCCCAUCUUCGACUCCUUUGUCUACCCAUUGCUGGCAAAGUGCAACAUUCUCACAAAACCCCUGACAAGAAUCUUCGCUGGAGGAGUCCUUGCUGGAGUAGCCUUCCUGAUCUCUGGCUUCUUGGAACUCAAGCUUGAGACUACAUAUCCAGUGCCAGUCAAAAGUUUGGAAACCCGGCUAUCUUUUAUCAAUGGACUUCCAUGUGAUGUCACACUAGGCCUUCCCUUUGAAGAGGAACAGUUUACCUUAAAACACUUGGAGGAGAAGGUGUUGAAGAGUGUUGCAAUUGAUGGAGUAGAAUAUGAUCUAAAUGUUUCUUUAGAUCUUGACACAAGCAACUGCGGAAAUAUUGAGCACUUUGAUAACACUCUUCGUACAAAAGUCUUUGAGAAAACGUGUUCUCCCUUGCAGGUGUUGAAGAGUGUUGCAAUUGAUGGAGUAGAAUAUGAUCUAAAUGUUUCUUUAGAUCUUGACACAAGCAACUGCGGAAAUAUCGAGCACUUUGAUAACACUCUUCGUACAAAAGUCUUUGAGAAAACGGCUCAUGUCCUCAUGAUUACUGCAGACAGCAAUGUGGUAAAAUUGGUGAAUGUAGAUCCUCCAGAUGAAAUUGAGAAGUCUAAUCAAGGACUCCCAAGACUAAGGAUGCUCUACAAUCUUGAGCAGAAUAUACCCUUUGAUUCUGCUGUACUUAUAAGGGGAGAAACUGCAUACAGAUUCUUUAUCAGUGAGACGGAUCAAGGAUACAUAUCUGGAACAAAAUUCAUGGAUGUUGAACCUGAGACCUUUGAAGUUUUCCUGCCAACGGAGGACAAUGGAACAGAAACAUCCUCUAUUGGAUCUUUUAGUUUGAAGAUGGGAGGUGUAUAUGACUUCAUGGUGCAUAAGCCUCUUGAUGGAACCAAUGAAACAACUGUCACAUUAUAUGAGGUCACUCCUGCCAAUACUGUCCAUAUGCUGUGGCUCAUACCACAGUAUUUUAUAAUCACUGUAUCUGAAAUCAUGUUCUCCAUUACUGGGCUUGAGUUCUCAUUCAUGCAGGCUCCAAGUAGCAUGAAAUCAGUCUUGCAAGCUGCCUGGCUUCUCACUGUAGCUUUUGGCAACUUAAUUGUUGUCAUCAUUGCUGAAGCCAAAUUCUUUGAAAGACAAGCUCUUGAGUUCUUCCUCUUUGCUGUCCUCAUGUUUGUUGAUAUGGUGGCGUUUGCUGCUCUAGCGGCAAGGUACAAAUAUGUAGAUCAGAAUGGAGAAAUUGAAGAUUCUAAGGAGAAGCAAGGAAAAUCAGGGAAGGAAAAUGAAGCUUAUUCUGAUGAUGAGACAAACUUUUGAUUAGAUAAUUACAAAAUAAUUGUGUUAAAUACCCAAACACUUGUACUGUUUCUUGAUAUAAGUUUUGGAGUAAUGUAAAUAAUAAUUUCUCUUAAUUGAUAAUUUACUUAAAUUCAGAUAAAAAAAAUAUCUCCUUCCUUUUGUAUGAUUAUUCAAAUAGGCUUUUGUAAAUAUUUGUUUUUAUUGGUUGCUUGAAUUAUAUAUAUAUUUAGUUUUUUAUUAUGGUUUCUGCUCCACAUCUGUAGAGUCUACAGUAUAUAAAAGCACGUAUCAGAAUAUAUACAUAAACAUGUAUGAUGUAUUAUUUUACUACAUGACUCAAUCAAACCACAAAGUAAAAAUAAGGUCAAAGUUAAAGUUUAUUUACAGUACUUAAUGUUUAUAUUUAUUGUCUUUUUAUUCCAUAUUUUUCAUGUAUCUCAGCCAUUAGCCUUUCAUCUUGUAAAUAUCAUUUUUAUCUGUGAAUAUUGUAGAACAGUUUUUACAGUAACUCUAGGUUUUAACUUGGACAGCUAUACCACAUGUAUUUUCUAUCUCGUACAAGAGUCCUGUAAAACACUAUAAACUUGGUGUUAGAUAUCUGCACUCUGUAUUGUAUUUUUAACAAACGCUUAGACACCAAGGA